AUGAAAGACGCUCGCCGUUCGCCGCCGCUGGCCAAAGACCAUUCCGACACCACAGUCGCGAGCAGCACCGCACUCCCUCUAGCCCAAGAUCUGCCCGACGCCAACCUCGACAAAGCCGACCCUGAUUCCGGGUCUGAGCUUGAGCUCACCGACUUUGACAUGGUCAAGAAGAAGAGGUCGUUUCGCCUUGACAGGCGGCCGUUGUCGCGCCAGGACAAUGUCAACUACGGCGCCGUGAGCACCUCGCCAUACCACAGCCAGUCACCAUCCGAGGCCGACUCCGAGGAAUACCGACACCGUCCUAGCUAUGCGCGCGACACGAGCCGUAGCCAUCGAUCGGCUUUAUCGCGGUCAUCUUCGAGGGUCUCGGAGGACCUCGACGGCGCGAUCCUCGUGUCCGGAGUCGAAGGCCGCUUUGGACCCGCCGAAACGCCGCUCGUCGACAUCUUCAGCAACGGAAAGCCCGAUGAUUUAGACAGUGAUCAAGAAGACGUAUUUUCUGUCCACGACGACACGUCGACAGUCGAAGAGGAGGAUGAGAACUCCCCUCACGAAGCCGUCCGGGCUUCUGUGCCUCCCACAGACGACACGACCUUGUCAAUAAACACUCCGCGAAUGUGGUGCCUGUCUUUUCUCUUUUCAAUAUUGGGCUCAUCGACCAAUCUAUUCUUUUCUCUCCGAUAUCCGAGUGUCGCCAUCACACCCGUUAUCGCGUUACUACUCGUGCAUCCUCUCGGCUUAUUCUGGGACGUGGCUCUCAAGCGGUCCUACGACCCCGAGGAAAUAUUUGUUGACGGCGUACUUCACUCGACUGUCCCUGGCGAGAAUGAGCCGCCGGCAAGACGAACGAAGACCCUCCGCUCGUGGCGGCAAUGGUUCGCGCAGGGACGUUGGAACGAAAAGGAACACACAUGCGUCUACGUGAGCAGCAAUGUCGCCUUUGGCUUCGCUUUCGCGACCGACGUCAUUGUUGAGCAGACUCAAUUUUAUAACCAGACGGCGCCGAUUGCCUACCAGCUACUACUCACUAUAUCGACCCAAAUUCUGGGCUAUGGCUUUGCGGGUAUGGCGCGUCGAUUUCUCGUCCGUCCCAGCGGCAUGAUCUGGCCAGGCACAUUGAUGUCUGCCGCCAUGUUCUCAACCCUCCACAAGCAGGAAAACAAGCCCGCCAACGGUUGGACAAUCAGUCGCUGGAACUUCUUCUACAUUGUCUGGAUAGGCGCCUUUGUUUUUUACUUCCUGCCCGGACUCUUGAUGCCGGCUCUCAGUUACUUUAGUGUCAUUACUUGGUUUGCGCCAAAGAACGUCAUCAUUGCGAACCUCUUUGGCGUCACCUCUGGCCUGGGCUUGUUCCCCAUGACUUUUGACUGGGCGCAAAUCACGUACGUCGGCUCGCCCUUGCUCGUACCCUUCUGGGCAGCUGUCAACGUCGUGGCCGGGCUCGUGGUUGUCAUGUGGUUCAUUGCACCGCUCUGCUACUAUGCCAACGUCUUAUACUCAUCAUACAUGCCGAUUCUCUCCACCGCCGUCUUUGACAACACCGGUAAAGUCUAUGACGUCAGUCGGAUCCUCACACCUGACUUUUUAUUUGACCGCGACGCCUAUCGCAGCUACAGCCGUGUCUUUUUGCCCGUGACCUACAUGCUCAGCUAUGGCGUGCAGUUUGCUGGUCUCGCGGCGCUGCUCACGCACACGUUGUGCUGGCAUGGUAGCGAUAUAUGGCAUACGUGGAAGCGUGCCCUCGCCGAAGCGCGCGAGGAGGCGAGCAAUGCCUCGUACGAGCCGCUCUCGGGCACACCCAUGGAGGCGGGCGGCGAGGCGGCGGAGCCGGACCCUCUGUCGCGCCGCGACAGCUACGGCAAUCGCUCCGCGCAGUCGGGCUACGACGACCUCCUCAGCCGCGAGGACAUCCACAGCCGGCUCAUGAAGCGCUAUAAAGAUGCGCCGCUGAGCUGGUACCUCAUAACAUUUCUCUCCAUGACGGCCGUCGGCAUCUUCCUUGUCGAGUACUACCCCAUCCACCUCCCCUGGUACGGGCUGCUGCUGGCGCUCGCCAUUGGCGCCGUCUUCUUCAUCCCUAACGGCAUCAUCAUGGCCGUCACGAACCAGCACAGCAGCAUCUACCUGAUCUGCCAGCUCAUCUGCGGCGUCGUCUUCCCCGGGCGGCCCAUUGCCAACAUGGUCUUUGUCACGUACGGCUACAUUUCCUCGGCGCAGGGCAUCAAGUUUGCCGCCGACCUCAAGCUCGGCCACUACAUGAAGAUACCCCCGCGCAUCAUGUUCAUGGUGCAGGUCAUCGCCACCUUGAUCUCGUCCGUCACCCAAAUCGGCGUCCUCAACUGGAUGUUUGUCAAUGUGCGCGGCAUCUGUACCGCCGAGGCCGUCAACGGCUUCACCUGCCCGAUUGCGCGCGUCCAUUUCAACGGCUCCAUCCUCUGGGGCGUCGUCGGGCCCGGCGAGUUCUUUGGGCCCGGCGCCAUCUACCGCACCCUCGUCUGGUGCUUCCCGCUCGGCGCCCUGCUGCCCAUCCCCCUCUGGCUGUACAGCCGCCGCCGCCGCGGCAGCAUCGUCCGCAAGAUCAACCUCCCCGUCAUCUUUGGCGCCAUGGCCUGGAUCCCGCCGGCCACUGGCCUCAACUUUUCUGUCUGGGCCCUUGUCUGCUACGUGUUCAACUAUGUCAUCAAGCGCCGCGCCGGCGCCUGGUGGGCCAAGUACACCAUGACCCUCAGCGCCGCCCUCGACUCGGGCCUCGCCUUUGGCAUCGUAGUCGUCUUUUUUGGCUUCAUCUACCCCGGCUGGAUGGCCGACUUUCACUGGUGGGGCACAGAAGUCUACAAGCAGGGCUGCGACUGGCAGGCCUGCUCGUACAAGACGGUGCCGGAUGGCGGGCACUUUGGACCGCCCGAGUGGUAA